CAGUUUGACAGUUCUGCUGUGCCUGCUGAUUUUAAACAAACGAACCACAGUCCCAUUUCAAAUUACCAAAAUAAGUCCUAUUUCCGUACCCACCCACCUCCCCCAGCCGAAAACCCGGUUUCGUGGUUAACAUCUGAUACGGGUUUGCCGAACGAUACCGCGGGAAGCCAACCAAGUGCGACCAUCCGAGAGGGUGAUGAUUUGGGCCCAUCGCCGAACGAAUCUUCCCAGCCAUUGCGUCGUACAAGCACUGGUGCUAUCGGGGUGCUGAGGAAGCCAUUCUCAUUGUUAGAACGCAAAAAGACGGCCCUUCGACACCCGUUUGUUUCUGGGGGCCCGAUUGAGUCAUCGCUGUGCCCUGCCGGUAGGAAAGUAGCAAACGCCAGUCGGUUAUGGAUAUUCAGCGAGCGAUGAAUUCAAUGCACACGCGUUUGAAGCUGAUUGCGUUCGUGCACUUCAUUCUGAUCGUGCUGGCACUCGAAAGUACAUGGCUGCCGUCCGCUUAUCUGUUCUACAACCUGCUCUACUUGGUGGCACUGUUCUGGGCGAUCCACUGCCGGGAAUCGAUCGAUGCCGUCCAGACCUGUGCCGUCAUCAAUGGGUUUAGCUUCUUCUUCGAUCUGAUGGGCAUCAUCUCGUACUUCCCAUCGCACGGUAUCUUUUCCGCCGUGUUUGCGAUACUGAAUCUGGUCAUCCGGCCGUUCAGCUUGCUGCUGCUGCAGCGCGAACUGUCCGACCGUGGCGGAAGCUUCGAGUUCGGCGGGUAUGACGGUUCCGGCGGCGUCGGUGAACAUCCGACCAGCUACGAGGAUAUCGAUGCACCGCACCAGCAGACACCAUCGCACGGGCAAGUCAAUGUUAAUUUGUUCAAGUGAAACCCGCACGACGUGCCAAAAGUAACCGAAAUCUAGCGUGUGCCCUUCACUAUCAAACGAUCCAACCGAAUCUUUUUUUGUUUUUGCUCUGUCUCGCCACCGUGUUACUCCGGUAGCGCGCUUGUGGCCAAAUUUCGUUUAUUAAAUGUGUAGAAAAUGGCUGGGAUCAGAUUGCGAUAGCGGUAGCAUACAACGUGGCCAUUAUCAGCAAACAUCCAAACGACACGAUAUUAACCAAGGAACCGCCGAGAAAAUCUCACCGACUCUUCCCUGAUCACUUCCGGUCAGGGUUUAACAUAUCUCUCACUGAACUGUCGUUUUUUUUAAUUAGCUGAUUUCGUAACGUUCGUUUUUAAAUUUGUCUUUAGCGGAUUUCGAGCUGUAUAAAAUCAUUUGCAUCGUAAUGACGUGUUUAGAGUGUUCGGAAAAUCUUUUUUUUUUGCGGGAAGAAAAUGCAUGUUCGAAUGAAGCGGCUGAUGAGCCAAAGAAGUGUAAGAAGAAUGCAUACAUGCAUACACAAGUCUCCGAUAUCUCACCUUAACCACGCUUUCAGGAGCUCGAGGUGGCUGGAAAACCGUGCGUGUCCAAAUACUGUUAUUAUUUCUAGAUUAAGUUUGAUAAAUAACGUCUCUUAACAACAAUCAAUCAAUCAAUCAA